AUGGAUUCAGGCUUGCUUCCCGUCCUUACCUCGAUCGCCUUGGUCCUUGCCACCUUCAAAUUCCUCGCAGCCUGCCAGCAUCGGCGGGAGAAGGAAGCCCGUUGGAACGACGUGAUGGCAUCCGUAGAGCCAUUGACAUGUACACUGCUCGUUAUCGCCAAGGUUGUAGUGUUGGCAGCUUCUUUUAGGCAGAACGAGAAGUUUGACACCAUCGCCCUUUCGGCAGCAGCGAGGGUCCUCGCAAUCUACCAAUGGUGGGUAUCGAAUUAA